GCCAAUCAGGUUCUGAAGACACUUCCCAAGGCGACUUCCUGUCUCUCCACUUUCUUUCCCUCUCCGUUUUGGUGGGCUGGUUGAAGAUGAAAUCCACUGAGGAGGGAAGUCCAGCACCCUGUGUGCCAGUCCAGAACUGGCCCAUCUGUAGACCCCCUGAAAAUCAUAUGGGCUUGGAUUUGGAUAUUCUCAACAGAAAGGGUUAAAGGCUGAUGGUACCUAAAGCCUGGUACUUGAAUUUUGAUCAAGAUAAGCUGCCUUAAGUUCUCUUCAUUACACAAAUGAUCCUAGAUAAUUGAUAGAUCCUGUGGUUCACCUGGAUUUCUAGAUAGAAGCUGGAUUCAUGUGAUGCCAGAGGAGUAAAAUUUCAAGAGACUGAAACCAGAUCUGAGUUUCGCUGUUCCAGUCUGGACCUCUUUGGUGCUGUAAAUCCUGGAUAUACUGUAGAUGAGUACUGCGUUUUUCUUUUAUGCCGGAGCUGCGGCCCGCAACUCCCUCAGCCUGGCAGGUCCCAGGAUGCUUCGGGGCAACCCCACGCAUGCGCGCUCUGGCGUAGUUCCUGAAGCACUCGCUCGCAGAGAAUCCUGGAAUCUUCGCUUGUGGAGCUGUGGAGGCAACGGAGUUUUUCCGCGCUUUUUCUUUCAGCCUCAGAUUAAGUAUCAUUUAUUACUAUUAUUUUCUCUACUGAGCGUGGAAAGCUGGCUGAAAAUUCCAGAGUGUAAUUUCUGUGGGUCUGUUUCUCUAAAACUUGCCCCUCACGCAGCUUGUACAGAAGUUAGAUUGGCGCUUACUCCCAGCUGGUGGAAGAUUCGGGAUUAGCUGCGCCUCUGCUGCGUGAGAGAGGGCUCAGCUUUAAAGCUUCCCAGCUCCUCUGCUUUCCCGCUGCCCCCUACUCUGCCGGAUGUAAAAUAGGUCUCUUAAUCUUAACUGUGGCUGCCAGGUGACAUACCUGAGGAAACUCACUCAGCGGGGCUAUUGGGAUAAAGGUGUGCGAGUGUUCUUUUCUAUUGACCCGGAGGGCCAAGGCAAUUUUUUUUUUUUUUUUUUUUUUUUCUGAGACGGAGUCUUGUCGCCAGCUGGAGUGCAAUGGCGCCAUCCCGGCUCACUGCAAGCUCCGCCUCCCGGGUUCAAACGAGUCUCCUGCCUCAGCCUCCUGAGUAGCUGGGACUACAGGCGCCCGCCACCACACCCAGCUAAUUUUUUGUAUUUUUAGUAGCGAUGGGGUUUCACCAUGUUAGGCUGGUCUCGAACUCCUGACCUCGUGAUCCACCCGCCUUGGCCUCCUAAAGUGCUGGGAUUAUAAAGGGGUGAGCCACCGCGCCCGGCCUAUAUAUGUAUGUUUUGAGAGAGAUUCUUGCUCUGUCCCCCAGGCUGGCGUGCAGUGAUACGAUCUCGCUUCACUGCAACCUCUGCCUCCCGGAUUCAAGCGAUUCUCCUGCCUCAGCCUCCCGAGUAGCUGGGAUUAGAGGCUUGAAUCACCACGCCUGGCUAAUUUUUGUAUUUUUAAUAGGGACUGGGUUUCACCAUGUUGGCCAGGCUGGUCUGGAACUCCUGACCUGAAGGGACCCGCCUGCCUUGGCUUCCCAAAGUGCUGGGAUUGUACGCUUGAGCCACUGAGCCUGGCCCACGUAUAUAUUAUUUUUGACGUUAGCAACAUCUGUAACCACCUUUGUCUUUACCUUUAUCCUUAAAGCGUUUUUAGAAAACCGGACAAACGAGCACAAUUAAUAUUAUUGAGUAACUGAAAUCAAUAUAUCAAUUAUAAUAAAUACAAGGAAUAUAAUAAAAUGUGCAGUAUUUUAUGAUAAAAACGUGCAUGUUAUAUUUAUUUUUUACUUAUUAUUUUAUUUUCAUUGCAAUUUAACUUACUUGGCCUUUUUAUUUACCCCUUCUUAGGACUCUCUUCAGCUUCUGGAGACCUCACUAUCCUAUUAUGUCUUUGUGUGAAGACAUGCUGCUUUGUAAUUAUCGAAAGUGUCGCAUCAAACUCUCUGGCUAUGCAUGGGUCACUGCCUGCUCUCACAUCUUCUGUGAUCAGCAUGGCAGUGGUGAGUUUAGUCGCUCACCAGCUAUCUGUCCUGCCUGCAACAGUACCCUUUCUGGAAAGCUAGAUAUUGUCCGCACAGAACUCAGUCCAUCAGAGGAAUAUAAAGCUAUGGUAUUGGCAGGACUGCGACCAGAGAUCGUGUUGGACAUUAGCUCCCGAGCACUGGCCUUCUGGACAUAUCAGGUACAUCAGGAACGUCUCUAUCAAGAAUACAAUUUCAGCAAGGCUGAGGGCCAUCUGAAACAGAUGGAGAAGAUAUAUACUCAGCAAAUACAAAGCAAGGAUGUAGAAUUGACCUCAAUGAAAGGGGAGGUUACCUCCAUGAAGAAAGUACUAGAAGAAUACAAGAAAAAGUUCAGUGACAUCUCUGAGAAACUUAUGGAGCGCAAUCGUCAGUAUCAAAAGCUCCAAGGCCUCUAUGAUAGCCUUAGGCUACGAAACAUCACUAUUGCUAACCAUGAAGGCACCCUUGAACCAUCCAUGAUUGCACAGUCUGGUGUUCUUGGCUUCCCAUUAGGUAACAACUCCAAGUUUCCUUUGGAUAAUACACCUGUUCGAAAUCGGGGCGAUGGAGAUGGAGAUUUUCAGUUCAGACCAUUUUUUGUGGGUUCUCCAACAGCACCUGAACCCAGCAACAGCUUUUUUAGUUUUGUCUCUCCAAGUCGUGAAUUAGAGCAGCAGCAAGUUUCUAGCAGGGCCUUCAAAGUAAAAAGAAUUUGAGCCACGCAUGGUGUCACGCACCUGUGAUCCCAGCUACUUAGGAGGUUGAGGCUGGGAGGAUCACUUGAGCCCAGGAGUCUGAGGCUAUAGUGAUCUAAGAUCAUGCCACUGCACUCUAGCCUGGGCAACAGAGUGAGACCCUGUUUCUAAAAAAAAAUAAAGAUAAUUUAGCUAACUUUACAGAAUGUUUCUAUGUUCAUCUUCAGUGAUUUCAUUUAGCAAAUCUUUUUUCUAGAUAGGACUCCCCAGCUUCUCUGUGCUUUUAAGUCUCUGAAGUUGUUUUCACAUUAUCAACAUAACAAACUCAUUGGUAGUGGGGAGUGGUUUAGAGUCUGGUUUCUUUGUUUCUAUUAUUUAAAGCAUAAGCAUUUUAUUAAUCUCAAUUCCAUUGUGAACUGCUGAAUUUUCAUCCCUAGUGUGAGAAGGUCACAAUAGUAUUUGUUUCAAUAGAUAACUCUUUCUCCCUGUGCUGUUUCUCACUGAGCUGUGGUGUUUAUGCCUUAAGUACCUGUGUUAUAUGCUACAUGUUGCUUUGAAUUCUGGUAUUUAUGCAUAUCUGUGUAUGUAAGUAUGUUAAUGUACACUGAUAUUUUGGUGUAUUUGCCAGUAUGUUUAUGUGAAAAUUUUGGUCUUGGAAAAUGGUGGGUGAUGUGUGGCUUGUUAUUUGGGUGUGUGUAUUUAUUUGUAUAUAUUUAUGUAUUUACCUUCGUAUUAACUUGUUUGGAGGUGUGCUUAUGUCAGUGAACGAGAGUACAAUUUGAUGCAUGUAUGUUCAGUCCCUAUUUGUAUUUAAAAAUAACUCACGUUGAUGAAGUUAUUUUUUAAAGUUAAUUUUUUUGGCAUUUACAGUCGGCCCUCUGUAUCCAUAGGUUCUGCUUCUGCAGAUUCAGCCAACCAUAUAUCAAAAAUAUUUGAGAAAAAAUAAAAAUAAUAUAAAAAAAUACUAUAAAUAUAAAAAAUUAAAAACCAAUACUAUAUAACAACUAUUUGGAUAGCAUUUACAUUGUAGGUAUUAUAAAUAAUUUAGAGGUGAUUUAAAGUAUUUGGGAGAAUCUGUAGGUUAUAUGCAAAUACCAUGCCAUUUUAUAAAAGUGACAUGAGCAUCCAAGGAUUUUGGUAUCCAUGAGGGUUCCUGGAACCAAUCCCCCAAAGAUACCAAAGGAAGACUAUUUUAAAAUAAAGCCACUUCUUUACCUUUUUGUCAACUGUUGCCUUGGGUUUACUUAUUUAGGAAUGCACUUCUGCAGAAAGUUUACCAAUGUGUUAUUGAUCUUGAGAUUGUAUUAAAAUAAAAGAUUUAUUUAUUGUUUUCCUUUA